AUGCAGUUACAAUAUCUAGUCGCCCUUGGGGCUCUGUCCUUUUUGGCUGCUGCGCAUCCUGGCCCCGCUGCUGACCUACCCGCCACAUGGGCUCCCACCGCCACCGUCACCAUCACAGUACCUAUAGCCACCCAGUCCACUGAUCUCCACAAUCUCAAAGCGCACAAAAAACGCUUCCAUGGAGACUGGAUCAUCCAGAAGCGAGCUUCGACUACGGAAGGCACGACCUCAACCACUGAGACCAGCUCGACGACUACAUCGUCAACGACUAGCACUGCGGAAGCAACCACCUCUACCACCUCCACUACUUCUGCCAGCACCUCAGAAGCCACUACAACUUCUACUACCACAACCUCUUCGGUAACUUCAACAGCAACUAGUGCCACCUCGUCAGGCACGACUACCUCCGCCACUACCCAAUCCACCACAAGCUCAGCAACCACAACAACCAAGAGCGCCUCGACUGCCUCAUCAACCACCUCCACGGCUUCGGCCACCAGCUCUGCUAGCGCUGCCAAAGCCGCCUACAACCGCCGCGGGGAGAUUGCUGCAAUCAUCACUUUCAGCUUUCUGAUUCUCCUUUUCGUUGGGGUUGGAGCCUUCAUGUGCAACCGGGACAGCCGCAAGAAUAAGCGCAUCGAAGCCAGACAAGCUGCCAAGGCCGCCGAGUAUUCCAUGGUAUCCUUGACAGACGGCGAUCGACCGCAAAGCGAGGCCAAGUUUGACCGCGCCUCGGUGAUGUUCGCCACGGCGCCUUCUCGCAGUGACCUCGGAUUGAGCAGCCCGAUGACGCGGCCAUCUUCUGCAGCCGCCAGUGAGAUCUUACGACAGAGUCCUACCCCUACCCCGGCUGCCGCCCCAGCGACACCGGAGCCGCAGCAUCUUGGCGGUAACUAUGUCUGA